AUGAGCGCCGAAGGAACUGAAACUGUAACCAGCGAGACUACUACCACCACAGUAGUCACUCAAGUGGUGGAAGAGGAAGUUAAAGUAGAAACGACUGAACAGUCUGAAGAAAAGACUGUCGAGAAAAAAGAAGAGAAGAUAGAGGCGGAAGUUGCUAAAGAGGAAGAAAAAGUGCAAACAGAGAAGACAACCGAAGAAACCGAGAAAGAAACCAAUGUAAGCCGUGUCCUCUACAAACAAAGUCAUGGACUCGUCAAACUCUGGAAUAAACGAUAUUUUGUCUUUGGAGAUGAGAAAUUGGACAAGGAACUGCUCCACAAUUUCUAUUCAAAAAACAAAAAAUUAAUUCAUCCCAAAGUAGCCACCCCAGCUGAAUCAAAAUCUGCGGAAAAAUCUGCGGAAACCAAGCCUGAGACUGAAGCUAAACCUGAGACUGAAGCUAAACCCGAGACUGAAGCUAAACCAGAGACUGAAGCAAAACCCGAGACUGAAACUAAACCCGAGACUGAAGCAAAACCCGAGACUGAAGCCAAACCCGAAACUGAAGUCAAAGCUGAGACUGAAGCCAAACCAGAAGCUGAAGUCAAAGCUGAGACUGAAGCCAAACCCGAAACUGAAACUAAACCCGAAGCUGAAGCUAAACCCGAAGCUUCAACUGCUACGGAAGAAAAGAAGGCCGAUGAUGACAGUAAAUUGGGCGAGGCUUUGAUUAAAGCCAUCGCUCACGCUACUCAAACCGGAGAGGGUCUUUUGUUCUAUUACAAAUCAGAGAAAGAACCCCAACGUGAAUCUCCCCAAGGCAUCAUUAACCUUCGCGAUGUCGAUCCUGAAUCGAUUGUCGCUACUGAUGACAAAUCCUGGGCGUUUAAAUUGAAGACCCCAUAUCGGGUUUAUAUUUUCAAUGCUGCUUCAGACGAUGAUCGAAAGAAAUGGAUCCAGGUGCUCAAAUCAAAGGUUGAAGAUGCUAAAAAGAUGUCUGUCGAUUUUGAGCAGACUGAUUCUUAUAAAGAGGUUUACGCGGAACUUGUUAAAGGCACUUUUGCGGUCGAUACGCUUUCAACCGACGACGAGCCGCCUGCAUCGCCUAAACCAACAAACACCGAGGUCAAACGCAAGUCUAUCUUCCCAUUCGGUAAUUUCCUUACAAAAAAGACCAUUGAAACCACGGAGACCACUACUGAAACCACUACCGAAACCAGCGAAUCAGGUACUGCUAACAAGGUCGAAACAGUCACCGAAACCGUCGUCGCCGCCGCCGAGACUCAAGUUGUUGAUGAAUCCAAGACCACUACUAGAGAUGUCGGCAAGACAGAUGAGGGUGCUGGCAAGAAGAAUAUUAUGUCAUCCUUUACUUCUUCCGUGACUACUUUCAUCUCUGGGAAACCUAAGAAAGAAGAAUCUACCGAGGUUAAGAAAGAAACUACUGAGACUGUUGUCGCAGAGACCAGUACAUCUGCUACAACUACUGAAGAGGUUAGGAAGAAAUCUGGCUUCUUCCAUUUCUUCAACAAGGAAGAGCAGAAGGAAGAGUCUAGGGAGGAAACUAAGGAGGAAACUAAAAAGGAGGAAAUUAAGGAGGAAACCAAGGAGGAAACCAAGGAGGAAACCAAGGAGGAAAAGAAAGAAGACGCUACAUCUGGUGAUGAAAAAGGCAAAACACCACAGGUUGUUAGUGGUCUUAGCCGCAAGAUCACGAGUAUGUGGAAGCGGGGACCGAGCAGGAAAGUUGCCGAGACAGAUACUACCGAAAAGAAAGUAGAAGAAGUCACUGAGGAAGUCAAGACUGAGGUUGUAGAAACGACCACCACUGUUGUUGCCGAAGCAUCGACAUCAGCAGUUGUUGAAAAGACCGAAACUACCGAAACUACCGAACAAUCUGCGACGGGGGAGACGUCCGAUAAAAAGGAAGAAAAACCCGUUAAAUCGUUUAUGAAGAAGUGGGAAGAACCGAUAAGAAAAAGACUUGUCAACAUUAUGCCUAAACGAACCAACUCACAGUCAGAUGCGGUAGCACAGAAAGAAGAGGCAACUGCACAAGCAACUCAAGAGAAGACUGCGGGAGCACAGAAAGAAGAGUCAACUACGCAAGCGACUCAAGAAAAGACUGAGACUGUCGAAACCACUGAGACAACCGGUACUACGGAAACCACCGAAGUGAAGGCCGAAGAAGAAUACGAUCCAGAGAUCAAAAAACAAGUUGAUAACGCUUUCAUAACGGGCUCAUUCGACAAAUCAUCGCAAAUCUUUAAGAAAACAGAGUCCAGGUUCUUCGUUUUCACUAAAGAAGGAAAUAUUGUGUAUUAUAAAUCUAAAAAGGAUGCCACAAAGUCCAAGGAAAUUAAAAUCACAGCAGAUUGCGAAAUAAAGAAAAGCGAAAACGAAAAGUCCAAUACUAUAGAUAUAGUAACCAGCAGCCGAACGUAUAAACUCAUGUUCCGAAGCGCGGAAGAGCUUAAUCAAUGGCACACGCAGCUUACAGAAUAUCAAAAAACACUUCCUAAACCCGAAACUGAUGCCAAGCCUGAAUCAAGCAAGAAAUCCAAGAAGUCUGACCACAAGAAGGAAGAAACAUCGAGAUCCGUUGAUAAGCUCGAAGUAGCCGCGACUGGACCGAGUUUGGAGGAAUCAAUUAACGAAGAAGUGAAGGUUGAAGGUGCAAAGACCGAAGUGACAGAAGUGACGACUGAGUUGAAGACUGAGGUUGCGGAGACAACUGCUGAAGUUGUUAAGACUGAUACGAAGCCUGAAUCUGAUGCGAAGACUGAUUCUGAUGUGAAGACUGACGUAAAGACUGAUGUACAGACAAAAACAACAUCAAGCGUUAGUGCUAUUAAAAAAAGUUCCGUUGAACCGGAACAUGAAGAACAGCCUUGGAUAGAGAAGUAUCGUCCCAAAUCAAUGGACGAUAUAAGUUCGCAAGAACAGACAGUGGCCGUAUUAAAAAAGACAAUUGAGAGUCGUAAUUUACCACAUCUCUUGUUUUAUGGUCCAGCCGGUACCGGUAAAACUUCAGCAAUAUUAGCCCUGUCAAGAGAGCUAUAUGGUCCACAGCUAAUAAAGUCCCGUGUUCUCGAGUUAAACGCAUCUGAUGAACGCGGCAUUCAAGUAAUAAGAGAGAAAGUAAAGAAUUUUGCUAAAGUUACAGUCAGUAAUCCUGUCAGUGGGUAUCCGUGUCCGCCUUAUAAAAUAAUCAUAUUAGAUGAAGCGGAUUCCAUGACUCAAGAUGCACAAGCGGCUUUACGACGCACAAUGGAAUCAUAUUCGAAAAUCACGCGAUUUUGCUUAAUAUGCAAUUAUAUCAGUCGUAUUAUCGAACCGUUAGCAUCCAGGUGUGCAAAGUUUCGCUUCAAACCACUGGAUGUGAAUAGUGCUAAACAGCGGAUCGAGACAAUUUGUCAGCGUGAAGGGAUUAACUGUUCACCCGAGGCUGUUGACGAAAUAAUUAGUGACUCGGAAGGAGACUUGCGAAAGGCGAUCAUGUAUUUGCAAAGUGCUUAUCGGCUUCAUAAGAAUGACUUGAUUACUAAAGAAUCUGUACGGGAAAUAGCGGGCGUUGUUCCGUCUGAUAUCAUUGAUGAGCUCGUCGCGAGUAUGUUUGCUGAUACUCACGAGAAUAUCGAAAAGAUGGUAGAACGGAUUGUUAGCUGCGGGUUCUCUGCGACGCAAAUCCUGUCACAGUUAAAUGACAACAUAGUUAAGAAUGAUCAAAUCGGCCAGAAGGAAAAGUCAAUUAUCGCACAUUAUCUGGGAGAGACCGACAAGUGUCUUGUCGAUGGUGCUGACGAACAUUUACAAAUUCUUCGUUUAGCAUUACAGAUUGCAGAAAUUAUCCGAGAGAGCCGGAACAUGGACAUACAAUAA